UGACAACGUUCUAACACGCAAACAAGUUGGAAAAUUUUGACCAAAAAAACAGCAAUUUGAAAGAAGUGUAACGUAGCGUGGCUUUGACAGGAUCUGGCAAGAACCAGAGUCCAAACUCCGGGAAACACUUGCAGGAGAUAAAAAGGAAGAGAAAAAUAUUACGUAACAAAAGAAAAAAAAUUCCAUGGCAGAGACAGCUAGCAACUCCAAAACUAAAACACCAAGAUGGUUUCUCAGUGGAAUGACUGCCCUCGUCACUGGUGGCACACGAGGAAUUGGGCAUGCUAUAGUGGAAGAACUGGCAGGCCUUGGGGCGGCUGUUUACACAUGUUCAAGGAAUGAAGAUGAAUUGAAUAAGUGUUUGAAGGAAUGGGAAGGUAAAGCAUUUUUGGUGAGUGGGUCAGUUUGUGAUGCUUCAAGUAAAGACCAGAGACAGAAACUGAUAGAGAAUGUUGCUUCUCUUUUCAAUGGAAGGCUUAACAUUCUUAUCAACAAUGUGGGGACAAAUAUCAGGAAGCCAACAAUUGAGUACUCUGCUGAAGAAUAUUCAAAACUCAUUACUGUUAACUUUGAAUCUGCAUACCAUCUGUGCCAACUUGCACAUCCUCUUCUAAAGGCUUCUGGAGUAGGAAGCAUUGUGUUCAUUUCCUCUGUUGCGGGUCUAAUGCAUAUAGGUAGUGGAUCCAUUUAUGGACCAACUAAAGCUGCUAUUAAUCAACUUACAAAAAAUCUGGCUUGUGAGUGGGCAAAGGAUAAUAUCCGGACCAACUGUGUUGCUCCCUGGUAUAUCAGAACCUCACUUGUUGAACAUUUGUUUGAUAAAAAAGAUUUCUUGGAAAAAGUAAUUUCUCGAACCCCUCUUGAACGUGUUGGAGAACCAGAAGAAGUCUCAUCAAUUGUAGCAUUCCUUUGCCUUCCCGCUUCUUCUUACAUCACUGGACAGAUUAUUUCUGUUGAUGGAGGAUUUGCAGCUAACGGUUUUAAUCCUGGCAUGAGAUUAGAUUGAACAAAAAAAAAAAAAAAUCCCACCUUCAUAAUCUUAAUCUUCAACGUCCAACGUCCUGAAUUUCCAAUAAUACUUAAUAAUUCUGUGCUUGUAAGCUCCAUUGGUCUUGUACCAUGGUGACUUUUCCCUUGUCAUUGUUCAUUUCAAUGGUGAUUGGCCUGUUAAUUUGUCAUUGAUACUUUUAUUAAUUACAGCUUUAAUACACAAAAAUGGAAGCUUUAUGCUUAAAUUCUUUCA